UCUCUCGCUCUCCGCCUCUCAGUUCAGUGUUUACCUCGCUCGUAAACGGCCGUCAAAUCGAUUCCAAUCCCAGAAGCAUCGAGUCGGGCUUGUGUGCGCGUGUGUGUGUGUACGCGUCGUCUUUGUGAGCAUAAAACGUAGCAUAAAGUCACAAGGAGGCAGCGCAUAAUCAUCACACACAUUACAUCCAGUCGGGUCAGUGUGUAUUUACCUCCCAACAUUGUAAACGUCGCAAUUUGAUUUCGCUGCUGAUUUUGCAGGAGGAAAAAUUUGUGUUUUGUUGCCUUUAUGUGGGUGAAAAAAUUGUUGAAAAAAGGAAACAAAUUGGUGACGUGAAGAAAAGUCGCAGCCCACUGUGUGUGAUUUCGAGCCGCGAGGAGAAAGGGUUGAAAAUCCGCUUCUUGCACACUUGGUGAAAAAUAUUCCGUUUUUGGGAGUGAAAGUGUCGCGCAGAAGAAUUAUUCAGGUUGUGGGGAGUGUCCCUCGCCCUUUACCGUUGCUGCGAGCAGCGUAGAAAAUCCUCCAAAAUGUGGUGAACGUCCAGACACAACAGUUCCAGCGAGAAGAAAAGACAAAGUUCCCGAAAAUUUUCCUCAACAUCAACUCCAGCGGCCUCCAACUGCUGCUGCUUCCGGUGGCCGAGAUGGACACCACAACCGAGGAGGACGAGGUGGCCGACAUCCGGGAGCAGAUAUUUCACAACACCGUACGCGAGCAUAUCAUUUUCCUGCUACUGUUUCUGCUGCUUUACCUCGGCAGUUUUGCCCUGAUCGGUCGGUUUAGGCGGCGCGACCGUGAAGACCUAUUCUCCACAGACGACGACGAGAUUACUGUUUAUAGAAUUAGUUUAUGGUUGUGCACCUUCUCGCUGGCCGUGGCCGUGGGUGCGGCCCUGCUCCUCCCAAUAUCGAUCGCCAGCAACGAAGUCCUGCUGCUGUACCCCAACAGUUAUUACGUCAAGUGGCUCAACAGUUCGCUGAUUCAAGGCCUCUGGAACCACGUGUUCCUGUUUUCGAAUCUGGCGCUGUUUGUGCUGCUACCGUUUGCCUACCUCUUCACCGAGUCGUCCGGCUUCAGCGGGCACAAGAAGGGCGUGAUGGCGCGGGUGUACGAAACGUUCACCGUGUUCUCUCUGCUGGCGUUCAUCGUGUUCGGCAUGACCUACGUGGUGUCGGCGCUGCGCGACCCCGAGCGCAACUCCUUCCAGGCGCUGUUUAAUUUAGGAAAAUAUCAUCUGCCAUUCUUAUACUCAUGUGUAUCAUUUUUAGGAGUACUUUUACUAUUAGUUUGUACCCCGAUGGGCUUCGUGCGGCUGUUUGGCGUCGUUGGCCAGGUGCUGGUGAAGCCGAACCUGCUGCGCGACGUAAACGAGGAGUUUCACGCGUUCAACCUGGAGGAGGCCACCGUGCGGCGGAAGCUCGCGAACGCCAACAUCAACAUUGAACUCAAGAGCGUCACCACGAUCGACUACGCCCCGUCGAAGCUGUGCACCGGCCUAGAGGAUUUGUAUCAAAUCCGGCCAACCGGCAAGGGCGCCAACGGCCACGAGUCCGUGAAACUCUUUGAAAGACUGAGAGAGCUUGAGGCUGAACGAAAAUCUCUAGAUAAGCAGCGCAGUUCGUCGGCGUUGCAGCGAAAUCUGGUUUACCCGGUGGCGAUGCUGCUGUUGCUACUGCUGACCGGAAUCACCGUACUGCUGGUGGUGCAGAACACGCUGGAGUUGCUGAUCGGAAUCAAGGCAGUGCCGUUGAGUACGAGGCAAUUCACCCUCGGCAUCACGUCCCUCUCUAAGCUGGGGCCACUGGGGGCCGCCCUCGAGGUGGCCAUCAUCACGUACCUGGGCGUGACCUCGGCCGUCGGCCUCUACACGAUGCCAUUCAUGCGGAACGUCCGGCCCCAGCGCCGGAAAACGUCCCUCUCGCAGCUGAUCGCCAACUGCGGGCUGGUCCUGAUCCUGAGCUCCGCGCUGCCAUUGCUGUCCCGGAUACUGGGCAUCACCAACUUUGACCUGCUCGGCGACUUUGGCCAGAUCGAGUGGCUCGGCAACCUGCUGAUCGUGCUGCUGUACAACGUGAUCUUCGGCACGGCGGCCACGCUCUGUCUGGUGAACAAGUUCACGGCGACCGUGCGGCGGGAGCUGUGCGCACGGUUGAAGGCUCUGUUCGACUACAGCAGCCAUCUGGAGUCGAGCAUCAGUUCGCUGUCGCAGCUGGCAGCCGGCAGCAGCCACAGUCAUAAUCCGGCAAACGGACACUCCAGUCAGCAGCAGCAGCAGCAGUUUGGGGGAGGUGAAACGCACAUUUCACAUCGUGUGACGAACAAUAACCACCUGUUGCAUCAUCAGGACACGCCGGCGGUCCUCAUUUCCAACGGUGGACCAGAGCACAAGAAAUCACUUUAAAGUGUGACAAAUUUAAGGCUGACUUACAAAAUUGUAUAAUUUAUCAUCGACACACACACACACACACACGUGUUUGCGUAGCUUGUUGUAGACCUCUAAAUUGCAAACGAGUGAAAUUAUCAGCAUCAGUAUUGGACCCCUCACGUGUGACCACAGAAAGAAAGAAAAAACACUCAAAUAAACAUCAAACAUACAUAUUGUAUUCCACUGCA